AUGGCCGCCUCAACGGUCAAGCUUGCGUUGUUACUGCUAGCACACAAUGUCAUUGGUCAAGUGCAUGACUAUUCUCAAUAUGUAAACCCAUUGAUGGGAGGCUCAGGGCCAUUCGAUGGUUUGGCAUGCAAGUGUUCCCCUAGCCACGGUACAAUUGAUCACUGUACUUACCUGCGUAACCUAGUUGGAGGAGGCGACAUCUUCGUCGGCGGCGCUUUACCGUUUGGAGUCGCAAAGGUUGGCAUAGAUACAUAUGAGCAGAAUGUUUCUUAUUCCACCCUUAAUGGCGGAUGGACGCCUAAAGGCGCAGUAACUGCGAUUAGCAUGAUGCAUGAAAGCGGGACAGGAGGUUUCCCUAAAUAUGGCAUCAUUGCGCAAAUGCCCCUGACCACGAUUGACCCGCCGGUCAAUAUCCUCGAUAACAGGACUUACUGGCAAAACCGUACCGGAGACGAUACAGCAAAAGUUGGUUAUUUCAAGACAGAGUUGGAGAAUGGGAUCACAGUCGAGAUCUCAGGCGCUCGGCACUCGGGCAUCAUUCAAUACUCAUUCCCGGAUGGAGCGAAGCAUAUUCUCGUGGAUGUGUCACACUACCUACCCAGUGAAACAGGUGGCUACAGUAAUCAAGUGUUUCUUGGAGGAGAAAUCAGCAUCAACGGUUCCACGUAUACCGGAUUUGGGACUUACGGUGGUGGGUGGAACGAGGGAGCACCUUACACAGUUUACUUUUGUGGCGAGUUUGACACGGAGCCAAAUCAAGCCAGGACUUUCCGUGGAAGAAACACAGAUCCAAUGACGAGGUACCACACUUUCAGCAAUGAGCCUAUUGGACAAGCUACUUUCGGAUCUGAUGGCUCAAAUCAAGAAACCUCGGGGCCGCUUAAUGAUCGCAUUGGUGCGGUCUUCACGUGGGAUUCGGCGGCUACUUCGCAAGUGAGAUCAAGGGUCGGCGUCUCUUUCAUCUCUGCAGAAAAAGCUUGCAAAUUCAAGGACGACGAGGUCAAAUCUUGGAAGCUUGAAGAUACGGUAGAUGCCGCUGUUGAGGAAUGGAACAAGGAUGUCCUCAGCCGUAUCCAAGUGCCCACGGACGACACGGUAAACAGCACCAAUCUAGUUUUGUUAUACUCAUCCCUCUACUUUAUGCACCUGAUGCCUUCAGACAGGACUGGUGAGAACCCUCUGUGGGACUCCGGAGAGCCCUCAUGGGAUGAUUUCUACACUUUAUGGGACACCUUCAGGUGCACAGUGAGCCUUCAUCACUUGAUUCAGCCCGAGGCGUAUGAAAGCCAGAUACGGUCUCUCAUCGACAUAUGGAGAUACGAGGGAUAUAUGCCCGAUGGCCGUUCGGGCAACUGGAACGGGUUGGUCCAAGGCGGCAGUAACGCUGACAAUGUCCUUGCCGACGCUUAUAUCAAAGGCCUGCGUGGAGCUAUCAACUGGACUGAUGGUUAUCUAGCCAUGAAGAAGAAUGCCGAAGUGACGCCAUACAAUACUUACAGUCUCGACGAUGAGACGGCAAGCGUCAAGGAAGGCCGAGGUGCAUUGGAUGACUGGAUCAACCUAGGCUACGUAUCUCUAGACAAUUCGCGCUGCAUAUCGAGGACCGUCGAGUAUUCGCUGAACGACUACGCACUGAGCGUUGUCGCUGCUGGAGAAGCACCAGAGGACGUCCAAAAGUAUUUGAACAGAUCAGCAGGAUGGCAGAGGAGCUGGAAUCACGAUGUGACCAGUCGUAACUUCAGCGGCUUCUUGACUCCCAGGUUCUCAGACGGAUCGUGGAAUGCGACAGAUUACAAUCCUGGCCUCUGCGGUGGGUGUGAAUGGACUUCCAUUUCUUACGAAGGGACACCGUGGGAGUAUUCGUUCACUGUCCCACACGACAUGCAAACUCUGAUUCAGUUUAUGGGAGGGGAAGCGGAGUUUGAGAGGAGAUUAGACUACAUUUUCCAACCCAAUACGAGUGAACAAGAUCUAUCUGCCAAUGGCGCUGGGAUCACUACUAUCAUGAAUAUUGGCAAUGAGCCAGACUUUGCGACUCCUUACUUAUACAACUACCUCAAUAAGCAGUACAAGUCCGUCAACCAGUCCCGCGCUUUAGCUAACCAGAACUUCCAUGAUGCAUUGUAUGGCGUCCCUGGAAACAGCGAUGCAGGAGCUCUGAACUCGUGGCUUAUCUGGCAAAUGCUCGGCUUAUACCCUAUUGUGACCCAGCCCGUCUAUCUCCUGGAGUCGCCGUGGUUUAGUGACAUCAACAUCACCAUCAACGGCAAUCAGACACUAAGGGUUACGAGUAGUGGUGACCAUGCUACAUUGGGUCAACAAGGGUAUUACGUGCAGUCGGUCAAAAUUAAUGGGCAAGUUUGGGACAAAAAUUGGUUCAAUCAUGAGGAUGUCAUGGUGAACGGAGGUACUAUAGAGUUUACCGUUGGCGAAGAGCCAACAACUUGGGAGUCAGGCGAUGUCCCUCCAAGCCCAGGGCACUUCGAACUGUGA